GUGAUGGCGGCAUUGCGCGUCGGGUUGGGUUUCUACGCGUAUAGCUCUUGAAGUUCAGUUUUAAUUUCGAUUUUCUGAAAGUUGUCGUGCUGUACUUAUUGACAAUUCAGUGUUGUGUAAUUGAAAAAUUCAGUUUUUCGAUCAAAUUCCUGCGUGAUUCUUAUUCGAAGCGAUACAAAAUAAAUAAGAGUAAAAGUUUUUCGAAACGUCUCCGUAAAUUUAGCUAGCGAAGUAGACAUGUCGAGCGAUAGUCUUGAGACAAAAUGUGAAAGAAAAAAAAUCGCUAAAAACUGCUGUAACACGAAGUUACAUUUGACGGAAUGCAGUUUCUCGUGGACAAUCGAUCGUUAUUCGAGUCUCGUCCUAAGAAGAAACAAAACACUCAAAUCAUCGCAGUUUACAGCCGUCGGUGAUAAUUUAAAAUGGAAUUUGGAACACUAUGUUUAUGACGAUCCUUACGAUAAUAAUCAGUAUGUUGCUUUGUUCGACUUACGAGUACAUCUUGAUGGCUACGAAAAUGUUGAAAAGUACGGAACUAUUACUGGAAGUGCUCAAAUCUCUUUUAUGAAGCCUGAUGGUCAUAAAUUGGAAACCCGAAAUUCUGAUAUUGACAUUACCCCUACGAAAGGUCCACAGAGUAUUUUCAGUUUCCAGAUUAGUGUAGUGGAGGUGAAGGAAUGGACGUUUCAAGAUGAAUUGACGAUCUUUUGCAGCGUUAGCUACUGGAAAGAAAAUGACAUUGUCACUACUUCAUCAGAACAGAGUCCAAAUCGAUUCGAAAUUUCGGAAUCCAGCCUCGCGCAAGAUUUUGAACGAUGUUACCUGGACGACUACUUCAGUGACGUGACAGUUUCGGUCAAAGGUAAAAAAUACCCAGUUCAUAAAAUCAUUCUGGCUAUUCGCAGUUCGGUUUUCAACACCAUGUUCAGAAACAAAAUGCAAGAAAGCCGGAAUAACCACAUUGUAAUCACAGAUAUCGAGCAAGAGCCCUUCGAAGAAAUGUUGCACUACAUUUAUACGGGAAAAGUGACUAAUAUUGAAGAAUCGGCCUUCGAAUUGUUACCCGCCGCGGAUAAAUACGAUCUGAUUGAACUGAAGGCUAUGUGUGAAGUAGUGUUGUGUUGGAAAUUAUCAACUGAUAAUGCUGCGAGGAUUUUAAUAUUGGCAGAUAUGCAUCGAGCUGAUGAAUUGAAAACGUUCGCUCUUCAAUUUAUCAAAGAAAAUUAUGCCAGUUGCGAAGAUUUUAAGAAUUCUGAAAUUUGGACCGUGUUGACUACGUCUCACCUUCAACUGAUGAAAGAUAUGCUGGCUGUUUUUUGUGAAAAAUAAUGGUUACUUGUAAAAUUGUCGUUUUGGAGACUUUAAAUUAAAAUGAAGGGCAGGUAGAUAUCUGAAAUUUGCCUCUUCCUGUUCUGUUCUAUUCUGUUUUGUUUCAAACUUUUGAUUUUUAAAAUAAAGAAAAAAAAGAUUAGGUAAGUACUUUCGAAUAAAGUGAACCGCGAUGAAAAAAUGUAGGAAAAUUUUAACCAAGUUCGGUGGAGUCCUUCAAUUUGAGUUGAAAGUUACUUUUUAUUUAAAAUCUUUGCUGCGAAGAUAACCCUGAAGAGGAGAAAGAUAUGAGUUCUCAAAAAAUAUAGACAUGUUUGAAAAAAUCGUGGGGUUUUUGCUCUAUAACUUCUACCUAACCUGCAAAAAUAACCCAGUUCCAAAAGAUACCAACGUAGUAUUGGAGAUUCUUACAAGGGAACCUCUUAAGGUGUCACACUCAGAUUUAAACGGGACCGCGAUUUUUGGAAAGAGCAUAGUCUAAAACCCCCAAAAACCAAAUUUUCAGCUGCCCAAGUUCAUUUUUCGAUUUUUGGCAAAUUUUUGGAAAUUCAAAAUUGACUGUUUUUGGCGAUUCAUGCUGUUUUUUUAAAGAGUACGUACUUGAUCAAUAAAAAUGGUCAAAGUAAGUCCCAAAACUAAUAUUAAUUACCCAAAUCCAAAUUUUACUAUUUCCAGCCAUUCUGGAGCCUCCAGCGCGAUUUUUCAAUUUCUCCAGAAUUUUGAAUUUACUCCAGAAGGCGAGAAUAUGCAGUUGGGCAGCUAAAAAUCGAGUUGUAUAUUACACUCGACCUGUUUAACGAGUUUAUCCACAUUUGAGCCGAUAUUGAGAGUGACACCUCAAGAGUGGUAGUCCGGCAUAUAACAAUAGGAGUAAUUGCACCCCCCCCCCCCGCCGAUCCUCCGGGACCACAUCUUUCUUAACGGGGAUAUCCUAAGGAACAUUUAAUGCAAAGUUGCCAAAAAAAAAGUUGGCCUUACUUACAAAAUGGCGGCCAUUUUGAUUGACAGGUCAGCCGAAAUCGCAGAUUUUGCGUUUUAACAUAGGACUUGCACAAACUUUUUCAAACUUUACAAAGGUAGAUCGAAAGAUCAUGCAAAAAAUUAUCACCUGUCCAAAUUUCAAGUGCUAAUGUGCGUUUUUCGAUUUUUGGUGAAUUUUUGAAAAUCGAAUUUUGGCCAAAAAUGAGGGAAAAAAUCAAAAUCUUACCAAAUUGACCAAGAAAGCUGAAAUUUGGGAUAUACCCUAUUUUCGACAUGCCAAAUCGACUGGAAACGGUUUCAACCCGUUUUGAGCAGUUCUGGAGCCUCCAGCAGAUUUUUAAAACUCGAAAUUCUCACAAAAUUCCAUCAAAUUGGAGUUGUAAAGCUAAAAUUCAUUCUAAAAACUAAUUUCAAUACGCUACGAAGUACUGCAGGAGAAUUUCAAGUCGUUUUGGAGGCUCCAGCGACUUUUUGAAAAUUCCUGAAACCUCCAUCAGAUUUUUGAAUCUUUUAAAUUUUCACAAAAUUUCAUCAAAUGGAGAUGGAAAGCUGAAAUUUACUCUACACUCCAAUUUUAACACCCUCGGAAGACGACUUUAGGUGGGUUCAAAUACAUAAUUUUAGGGCCACCGGCGACUUUUUUUGAAAAUUACUGGAGCCUCUAGCAGAUAUUUGGAACUUUAAAUUUUCACAAAAUUUCAUCAAAUUGAGAUGGAAACCUGAAAUUUACACCAUACUUCAAUUUUAACACCGUCCGAAGACGAUUUCAGGUGAGUUCAAGUCAUUUUAGGGCCUCCAGCAACUUUUUUGAAAAUUACUGGAGCCUCCAGUAGAUUUUUUAAACUUGAAAUUUCCCCAACAUUAAUUUAUCAAAUGGAGUUUGCAAGCUGAAAUUUACUUCGCAGACUACAUGGUGGUUUCAAAUGGUUUUGAAGCUUCCAGCUACUUUUAGAAAAUUUCAAUUUUCCAAAAAAACGUCAUACAACUUUUCAAAAAGUUGCUGGAGGCUCCAAAAAGACUUGAAAUUCACCAGCAGUCAACUUCGUAGCGUAUUGAAAUUAGUGUGCAGAAUGAAUUUCGACUCUCCAUCUUGGUUUGAUAACAUUUUGGGGAAAUUUCAAGUUUCAGAAAUCUACUGGAGGCUCCAGUAAUUUUCAAAAAAGUCGUUGAAGGCUCUAAAAUGACUUGAAAUCCACCAGAAGUCGUUUUCAGAAGGUGUUAAAAUUGGAGAGUAGAGUAAAUGUCAGCUUUCCAUCUCUAUUUGAUAAAAUUUUGUGAAUAUUUGAAGUUUCAAAAAUCUGUCGGAGGCUUCAGGAAUUUUCAAAAAGUCGCUGGAGGCUCCAAAACAACUUGAAAUUCACCUGCAGUACUUCGUAGCGUAUUGAAAUUAGUUUUUAGAAUAAAUUUUAGCCUUACAACUCCAAUUUGAUGGAAUUUUGUGGGAAUUUCAAGUUUCAAAAAUCUGCUGGAGGCUCCACAGAACUGCUCAAAACGGGUUAAAGCCAUUUCCAAUCGAUUUGUUAUGUCGAAAAUUGGGUAUGUUGCAAAUUUCAGCUUUCUUGGUCAAUUUGGUAAAAUUUUGAUUUUUUUCCUCAUUUUUGGCCUAAAUUCGAUUUUCAAAAAUUCACCAAAAAUCGAAAAACGCACUUUAGCAGUUGAAAUUUGGACAGGUGAUAAAUUUUUGCAUGAUCUUUCGAUAUACCUUUGUAAAGUUUGAAAAAGUUUGUGCAAGUCCUAUGUUAAAACGCAAAAUCUGCGAUUUCGGCUGACCUGUCAAUCAAAAUGGCCGCCAUUUUGUAAGUAAGGCCAACUUUUUUUUUGGCAACUUUGCAUUAAAAUGUUCCUUAGGAUGUCCCCUUUAAGAAAAAUGUUGCCUCGGAGGAUCGGCGGGGGGGGGGGGUGCAAUUACUCCUAUUGUCAUAUGCUGGACAUUUAAAAAAUCAAAAGUUUCCCGUUUGUGAGGAAGUUUUUGAAAUUUUUGCUAAUCGCUGUAUUUUGUCCAUAACUAACCCCCAAAAUCCAAAUUUUACAAUUUCCCGCCAUUCUGGAGCCUCCAGCGCGAUUUGUCAAUUUCUCCAGGAUUUUGAAUUUACUCCAGAAGGCGAGAAUAUGCAGUUGGCCAGCUAAAAAUCGAGUUGUGUAUUAAACUGGACCUGUUUAACGAGUUUAUCCACAUUUGAGCCGAUUUUGAGAGUGACACCUCAAGAGUGGUUUUUUGAGGUGUCACUCAUCUCGCUCCAAAACGACUGGAAAUGGUAGAAUUUGCGCUCCGGGGGUUAGUCGUUGAAGAAAUGCAGUGAUUCGCACAAAAUUCAAGAAUUUCCUCACAAACGGGUAUCUUUUGAUUUUUUGGAUUUUUUAAUUUUGAAAAAAGCUGGUCAAAAAGCCACUUUUGAGGUGUCGCUCUCAAAAUCGGCUCAAAUGUGGAUAAACUCGUUAAACAGGCUGAGUGUAAUAUACAACUCGAUUUCUAGCUGUCCAACUUCCUAUUUACGCCUUCUGGAGCAAAUUCAAAAUCCUGGAGAAAUUGAAAAUUGCGCUGGAGGCUCCAGAAUGGCUGGAAAUGGUAAAAUUUGGAUUUGGGUAAUUAAUAUUAGUUUUGGGACUUAUAGUUUGGCCAUUUUUACUGAUUAAGUUCGUACUUUAAAAAAAAAGCACGAAUCGCCAAAAACAGUCAAUUUUGAAUUUUCAAAAAUUCGCCAAAAAUCGAAAAAUGAACUUGGGCAGCUGAAAAUUUGGUUUUGGAGGUUUUAGACUAUGCUCUUUCCAAAAAUCGCGGUCCCGUUCAAAUUGGAGUGUGACACACCUCAAGAGGUUCCCUGUCAGUGUGAAAGUCAACAUGUGGACUUAUGAGUAAUCAAUUCACCAGACCAAGUUAGGCUUUCAUUUUUAUUCUGUAAGUGGAAGUAUUUAUCUUAUCAGUUAUCACAUGUUUAUAAUGUACAUAUAAAAGGUAUUUUUAGUUUUACGCUGUAUCUUAUUCGUUUUGUACCUACUAAUUAUCUAGGUACGUAGAAAUUAAAUACGUAUGUAUGUACUUUCGUUUGGUGUAUUCUUUAUUUUAUCUGCUUUCAUUAAUUUUCGAAUGACUGGGCUUUAAAAAAAUAAUAAUAAAUAGGGUUAUCAUCGUCAUACUAAUACUUUAUCUUCACGCUAAUUUUGUUGUGAUAUCAAAAUUUGUAGAUUAGUAAACCUCGAGAAUUCUUGAUUGAUUACUCAUCGACUCAGAAUUCAGAUUGUGAUCUGUGGGCUGUGUUCAUUCAUCGUAACUAGUGAAUUUUAAUUUCGUGAGAGUUGUGUUGAUUCGACGAUCGUUUAGUUUAAUGUGUUUUUAACGCAUUAUUUGAUCAAAAUAAUUCUUGUUUGAAAAAAAUAAAACGUAAAUUUUUGGAGAAUUUCAAUGUCGUUAAAUUCUUGGAGAAUUCCAAUGCCGUUCAAGUUCUUCGGGUUUCGACAUGGCAAAGGAAAGAUUGGAAAGAGUCACUGCGAUACUGAAAUCGAAUCGAAAAAUAAGUGCACUUUUUCGUGGACAAUCGAGCAAUAUUCGCGUCUCAUUGAGCGAGGCGAACAAGAAUUUAAAUCUUCUACAUUCUCGGUUGUUGGAGAUCGCUUAAAAUGGCGUUUAGGCCAUAAAUACUGUCGGUCUUGUUCCGAGUGUAGCGAAUGUGUUUCAUACUGCUUAUACCCCGAAUUCAAAACCGAUUUCAAAAAGUACGGCCACGUAUCGGGAAAUGUAGAAAUAUCUGUGAUGACUCACGACCGAGGGGAAGUAAUAAUUUCGAGAAAGAUUCCUUUAAGUCUUGAUUAUGCUGCGGGGCGAACAACUUGCGCAUUAAUUUCCGUAUCUGUCGAUGAAAUGAAGACGUACACGUUUCUGGACAAAUUGACUAUUAUUUGCAAACUGACGUAUGUAAAAAAUAACGAUAUGGUUAACAUUUCUCUUCACCCAUCGUCAGAAUCUCGUUUGUUAAUCGACCUCGAACAAUUGUUCAACGAUGACCGCUUCAAAGACGUGACGUUUUCAGUUAAAGGUAAAAAGUACACCGGUCAUAAAACAAUUCUAUCUGCUCGUAGUUCGGUUUUUAAUACCAUGCUGAGAAGCGAAAUGCGAGAAAGCAAGGAAAAUGAAAUUGUAAUCACGGAUAUAGAACCGAGAAUUUUUGAUAAAAUGUUGCAAUACAUUUAUACAGGCAAGGUGAAGAAUUUGCCAGAAUCGGUCUACGAAUUAUUACCAGUCGCCGAUAAAUACGACCUAGAAGAGCUAAAAGUCAUGUGUGAAGAUGUUUUGCUCAAAAAAUUAUCUGCAGACAACGCGGCCGCGAUUUUAAAAUUGGCGGAUAUGCAUAAUGCCGAAAUGUUGAAGGCGCGUACUCUUCGAUUCAUGAAGUCGAAUAAAAAUACCGAAGUUGGGAAUAAUUUUCGUGGUUCAGAUGCUCUGAAUUUUUUGGGACAUGUGGUGGGAUUUUUUUGUGAGAUAAUAGCUUUUGGUAUGUCACAUUGAUAUUGCUAUGGUAUUUCAUUAAUUUUUGAAGCUUUUUAGACCAAUUUUACGUUUUUUGUUCUCAUUUUUGAAAAUGGUUGCAAUAAAUUUCGUAUAAUGCUAUG